CGAGGACCGCCUUCUGUGUAGGCACUUGAUUUAUUCCAGCCUUGGAAAACUGUUUGAUUCUAUCAUUAUAUAACUACACUGAUACCCAUAUGCGAUUGAUUUACAUGACAAACCCUUACCAUUGCCGAAUUGAAGCCUCUUGCGACAAGCGCCUUUCGCGGGGAAGCUUCAGGAUACCUGACUUCCACAACACCUAGACUCCACUGUCAUCCUUGGUUCACUGUGUUCUAAUCUGAUCUGUCAAAGAUAUGGGUCACUCAGCAAGCCUGUCGCCGUGGCUGGUGUUUGCCUGUGCUGUGUCUAGCGUGUGGGCAAAUAAAAAGCCGUUCAACAUUAAUGACGAUAUUCUGGCUUAUCCCCAGUACCAAGUGGCAUUCCCCGAGGAGUAUGUGCUUGAAUCCCACGCCGAAGCAUUGCUCCAGUCCCAGGCCAGCCCCGGUGCCAAUGACCAGAACAAUCCCCAAGUCUACAUGGGCAAGGGUACAACGGACUCCACCGAUCGGCCCGAGGAUGUGAAUGGAUCUUCAUUCACCUACGAAGAAAUGAUACUCGAGGACCGGCGACUCCUCUGCCAGAUCCCACGUGUCACGAACGACGAACAUAAUACAACGAGAGACAAGGAGAAUAGCAAGGCCGAGGAGCAGAAGGAACUAGCUCGGGCAACAGAUCGUGGCCUGGAACUCCUGCGUGAAAUGGAAGGGAAAUGCAUGUACUAUUUCUCUGGCUGGUGGUCCUACUCCUUCUGUUAUCAGAAGCAGAUCAAGCAGUUCCAUGCGCUCCCCGCUGGCCGUGGUAUCCCCAACUACCCACCAAUCGAAGACACCCAGACGCAUUCCUUCGUCUUGGGAAGAUUUAUCGGUGACAAGGGCGAGGAAGAGAAACAAUCUGCCAAAACAGAUGUGGCAGAGCUUCACACAAAAGGUGGCUCACGGUACUUGGUCCAGCACCUGCGUGGCGGGACCAAGUGUGAUCUGACAGGACGCGAGCGCAAGGUUGAAGUGCAGUUCCAUUGUCACCCACAAUCGACAGAUCACAUCGGCUGGAUCAAGGAGCUCACCACGUGCUCUUACCUAAUGGUAAUCUAUACCCCUCGUCUAUGUGACGACGUUGCUUUCCUGCCACCACGACAGGAUGAGAUACACACUAUCGAAUGCCGUGAAAUCCUGAUUCCCGACGAAGUCACCGAAUGGGAAGCUAUCAAAGAGUGGUACACGACCAACCAACUGGCCGAUGCUGCUACAGAUGCGGAUGCUGAUGUCGCCCAAUCCGAGCUCCCAAUUAUCGGAGGAAUCGAAGUCGGCGGCCGUAAACUUGUUGGCAUGGAGGGCAAAGUAAUUGAAAAGGGACGUGUGGCAUCCGCAGGCGAGGAGCGAGUGGAGGUAGUUGCGAAACGCGAGAAUGGCGAGGUCCGGAAAACGUCCAAACAGGUUCUAAAAAAGUACGAUAUUGACCCGGAGAAACUGGAAGAGAUGAAGAAUCUACUGGAAGAACAAGCAGAUGGCAAAGACUGGACGCUGGAAGUUGUGGAAAGCAACGGCAUGAUCAAGUUUCAAGGCAUCUUUGAUGAAGAUGAGGAAGACACUUGGAACGACAAGCCAUCUUCAGAGAAACCACACGAAAACAAGGUGUCUGAAAAAUCCACUGGCCAAAAGCCAAAGAAGCAGGAAACAGAGUCGGUCGAAAAGAAAAAGCAAUCCUCAAACAAGCCCGAGAACAGCGAGGGCAGCGAGGAGACCUUUAAGGAUGAACUAUGA